AUGCAAAUUUUCGUUAAAACUCUUACCGGUAAGACCAUUACUCUGGAGGUCGAGUCAUCUGACACCAUUGACCAAGUUAAGCAAAAGAUUCAAGACAAGGAAGGAAUCCCCCCAGACCAGCAACGUCUCAUCUUCGCUGGUAAACAAUUGGAAGAUGGUCGUACCUUGUCUGAUUAUAACAUUCAAAAGGAGUCAACACUCCAUCUCGUUUUACGUCUUCGAGGUGGUAUGCAAAUUUUUGUAAAAACUCUUACCGGUAAGACCAUCACCCUUGAGGUUGAGUCGUCUGAUACUAUCGACCAGGUUAAGCAAAAAAUUCAAGACAAAGAAGGAAUUCCACCAGACCAGCAACGUCUUAUUUUCGCUGUCGAAUCGUCCGACACUAUUGAUCAAGUGAAACAAAAGAUUCAAGAUAAGGAAGGAAUUCCACCAGAUCAGCAACGUCUUAUUUUUGCAGGCAAACAAUUAGAGGAUGGUCGUACUUUAUCAGACUAUAACAUUCAAAAAGAGUCGACUUUACAUUUGGUGCUACGUCUUCGUGGCGGUAUGCAAAUUUUUGUGAAGACUCUUACUGGUAAAACAAUCACCCUCGAGGUUGAAUCAUCAGAUACCAUCGAUCAAGUUAAGCAAAAAAUCCAGGAUAAGGAAGGAAUUCCACCAGACCAGCAACAUCAGCAACGUCUCAUUUUCGCAGGAAAACAAUUGGAGGACGGUCGUACACUUUCCGACUAUAAUAUUCAAAAAGAAUCCACUCUUCAUUUAGUACUCCGUCUUCGUG